GCAGCCAUGAAUUCCGCGGAGCAGACCGUUACAUGGCUGAUCACCCUGGGCGUGCUGGACUCGCCCAAAAAGAGCAUCUCGGACCCGGAGGGCUUUUUGCAGGCGUCGCUGAAGGACGGGGUGGUGCUGUGCAGGCUGCUGGACCGCCUGCUGCCGGGGACCAUCGAUAAGGUUUACCCGGAGCCCCGCACCGAGGGCGAGUGCCUGAGCAACAUCCGCGAGUUCCUCCGGGCUUGCGGCGCCACCCUCCGCCUGGAGACCUUUGACGCAAAUGAUCUCUAUCAAGGACAAAACUUCAACAAGGUGCUCAGCUCCUUAGUUGCUCUAAAUAAAGUAACAGCAGACAUUGGUCUAGGAAGUGACUCUGUGUGUGCACGGCCAUCGUCUCACCGGAUAAAGUCGUUUGAUUCCUUGGGAUCCCAGUCUUUACAUAGCAGAACUUCAAAACUUUUUCAGGGCCAGUAUCGAAGUCUGGACAUGACCGAUAAUAGCAACCAUCAGCUGGUGGUAAGAGCAAAAUUUAAUUUUCAGCAGACCAAUGAAGAUGAGCUUUCUUUUACAAAAGGAGAUAUUAUUCACGUAACAAGAGUGGAAGAAGGAGGCUGGUGGGAAGGAACUCACAACGGCAAGACAGGCUGGUUUCCUAGCAAUUAUGUACGAGAAGUAAAAUCGAAUGAAAAGCCUGUCUCCCCCAAAUCUGGAACACUGAAGAGCCCUCCAAAAGGAUUCGAUACAUCUGCUAUUAGCAAAAGCUAUUACAAUGUGGUGCUACAGAAUAUUUUAGAAACAGAAAAUGAAUAUGCUAAGGAACUACAGACCAUGCUUUCUAACUACCUGCGGCCUUUACAAGCCAGUGAAAAGUUAAAUUCUACAGAUACUUCAUAUUUAAUGGGAAACUUAGAAGAAAUCAGCUCCUUUCAGCAAAUGCUUGUGCAGUCUUUAGAAGAAUGUACCAAGUUGCCUGAAGCUCAGCAGAGAGUUGGUGGUUGCUUUCUAAAUCUGAUGCCACAAAUGAAAAAUUUAUAUCUUGUGUACUGUGCCAACCACCCAUCAGCAGUAACUGUUCUCACAGAACACAGUGAAGAGCUAGGAGAAUUCAUGGAGAUGAAAGGAGCCAACAGUCCUGGGAUUCUUGUAUUGACCACAGGCCUGAGCAAACCCUUUAUGCGCCUGGAUAAAUAUCCCACCUUACUCAAAGAGCUUGAAAGACACAUGGAGGAUUACCACCCAGACCGACCUGACAUUCAGAAGUCUAUGACAGCCUUCAAAAAUCUUUCUGCACAAUGUCAAGAAGUGCGAAAAAGAAAGGAACUCGAACUCCAAAUACUAACAGAAGCUAUCCGUUGUUGGGAAGGAGAGGACAUUAAGACACUUGGAACUGUCAUUUACAUGUCACAAGUCAUGAUACAGUGUGCUGGUAGCGAGGAAAAGAAUGAACGAUACCUCCUUCUGUUUCCAAACACUUUGCUCAUGUUGUCUGCCAGCCCUAGAAUGAGUGGGUUUAUCUAUCAGGGAAAGCUACCACUGACGGGGAUGACCAUCACGAAGCUAGAAGACACUGAAAAUCACAGAAAUGCAUUUGAAAUAUCAGGAAAUAUGAUUGAACGGAUAUUAGUAUCCUGUAACAACCAGCAAGAUCUGCAUGAAUGGGUGGAUCAUCUGCAGAAGCAAACCAAAGUAACAACUAUUGGGACUCCCACUAUUAAGCCUCAUUCUGUGCCAUCUCACACGCUUCCUUCUCAUCCUGUAACACCCUCCAGCAAACACUCAGAUAGCAAGCAAAUACCGCUGACUCCAGUAUACCACACUCUUCCGCACCCUUCACAUCACGGGACGCCUCAUACGACUAUAAACUGGGGACCCCUGGAGCCUCCUAAAACUCCUAAGCCAUGGAGCUUGAGCUGUUUACGACCGGCACCUCCACUGCGGCCUUCAGCAGCGCUUUGUUACAAAGAGGAUCUCAGCAAAAGCCCUAAAACAAUGAAAAAAUUGCUGCCCAAGAGAAAACCUGAACGGAAACCAUCAGAAGAAGAGUUUGCACUGAGGAAAAGUACAGCUGCGUUAGAAGAAGAUGCUCAGAUUCUAAAAGUUAUCGAAGCUUACUGCACAAGUGCCAAAACACGCCAAACUUUAAAUUCAACAUGGCAAGGCACUGACCUGAUGCAUAAUCACGUCUUGGCUGAUGAUGACCAAUCAAGUCUAGACUCCUUGGGUCGUCGCAGUAGCCUUUCUCGUUUGGAGCCUUCCGACCUCUCUGAAGACUCUGACUAUGACAGUAUAUGGACAGCCCAUAGUUACAGAAUGGGGUCUACAUCUCGCUCCCGUAAAGAAUCUGCUCCUCAAGUGCUGCUUCCAGAGGAAGAGAAAAUUAUUGUAGAAGAAACAAAAAGUAAUGGUCAAACUGUGAUAGAAGAAAAAAGUCUUGUUGACACAGUAUAUGCAUUAAAGGAUGAAGUACAGGAAUUAAGACAGGAUAACAAAAAGAUGAAGAAAUCACUGGAAGAAGAACAAAGAGCUCGCAAGGAGCUUGAAAAGCUUGUCCGGAAAGUUCUCAAAAGCAUGAAUGAUCCUUCCUGGGAUGAAACUAAUUUAUAAUGAAUUUGUCUUCUUUUUCUUUCUUUCUAUUGAAAGACCAGUUGUCAAAUCAAGCUGGGAAGCCUUCUGACAUUUAGUCAGUCCUGCAUAAAGAGCACUACAAAGCAAGAUUUAACUGGAUUGAAUGAUUUUUUUCUUCCUUACAAUGUAUAGUAUAGCCAAUCCAUUCACUGAAGCUGUCUAUGCUUAAGUAUAGAUAGCAUGGACCCUGAACUCUACUAGAAUCAACUUGUUUGCAUUUAAAUUACCUCAGUCUGCAGCAAGUGCAGCAGCUGGCUAAAGAAGUCCAUGUUUUUCAGCAGCUUUUAAAUUUAAAUAUAUCUUUUAUUCCCCUUGUAAAUAUCUGUAAUUUUGAAUGUGUGUAUGAUAAGCGUAGCAGGACUGAUACAGUGUUAAACUUUUU